CUGCAACCAUCUUCUCUGCAUUUCCACCAUGGCCAUUACUGCUCUAAACCUCAUCAUUUUCACUAUUCUUCUCUUUCUCGCAUCAGCUCUUCCCCUCACAAAGUCCCAACAAUUUUCAAGAAAAUUAUCCAAGAAAGAAAUGGGCCUCAAAGUGGAAAAGCUGAGCCACCUCCACUUCUACUUCCACGACAUAGGAAGCGGCAGCAACCCCACCGCCGUCCACGUCGCUCAAGCCGCCACCACCAACUCCUCUGCCACCCUCUUCGGCUCGGUGACGGUGAUCGACAACCUUCUGACAUUAGGACCGGAGAUAAGCUCCAAGACUGUGGGGAGAGCUCAAGGGAUAUACGUGUUCGCGGAUACAACGGAGCUGGCGCUCUCGGUUGUCUAUAACUUUGCUUUCAGUGAGGGUGUGUUUAACGGCAGCGUGCUUAGUGUCCUGGGGCGGAACCCGUUGUUGUCGGGCGUGAGAGAGCUUUCGAUCGUGGGCGGGAGUGGCGUGUUCCGGUUUGCGCGUGGGCAUGCUAAGUUGAAGACGGUUGAGACGAACAUGCAGAACGGGGAUGCUGUAGUUGAGUACAAUGUCUACGUCUUCCAUUAUUGAUAUCCUUAAUAUUUCAUUUUUGUUUUGGUUGUUAUAAUACGUAUUAAUACAUUAUUAUAUGCGUGUCCUGCUGACUGAGUAUGCACUGCUGCAGGCCUGCAUGCACCUACCUAGCCAUCAUUAUCUUAUAUAUUGUUAAAUUGUUUUUCUAUUGAGAUAAAAAUUAGU